AUGGCCAUCAUCAGUGGCACCUGGCAAAUUGCCCCAGGUCCCAGCCACUUUGCUCUGACAUUACAGGCAGGCUCAUGUAGUCAAGGAGUAUGGGGCUGGACCCCUGCCUGGCAUUGUGCUUUUGUGCUCCAAGGAGCUAAUGCAUGUCCAGAGCAUGACUCCCCAGGUCUGGCCCAACUGGCACAGCAUUUGGAGGUCUUAGGUGACCAUACCUUUGAUCUCCCAGUCACUGCUCCUCCUUCCACAGGUCUGAUUCCAGUUGACCUUCCCUCCCCACCUGUCCUCACCAGCAAUGUCACUGGUCCUUCCACCAACACCACCACUGAGUACCAGGACAAGGGGAAAGGUGAGGCCAUCAUUGCUGACCUGGAGCCUAAGGCAGAAGGGAGUAGGAAGAGGAAGUCUUCCAUGAUUUUGGCACUCUCCUCCCAACUACUGAAGCCUGUGAUGAAGACUUGCAAGCAUGUGAAGUUGUCUUGCAUUGUAAAGUCCAAGCCCAUCAUGGAGUCAGAAGAUGAGGAGAACAUGAUUAUUCAGCCAUUUUUGGAUGGAGUGCCAGAGGUGAUUGCCAGCAGUCACCCAGCAGUCAUUGAGCCCUCCCAGCCAACUCCCAAAACCCUGGUGCAGGCACCCCCAGUCAUUGAUGCAGGUGAUAUUCUCAUUCCCAGACUGGUGAAACAACCCAUGCUAGGCUUGCAAGAAGCUAGACUGGCCCUGCACAACUUGGUUGGACAAGAGGACCAGGAAUCUGUGUAUGUCAUGCAUCUACUGCAUGACAAAGAAGAUCAAAAGAUAAAGUCCAGGAUACCCUCCAAGGCUCCCUCCAAAGCUCCCCCUGCCUCUCAAUCCAAGGCCCAAACUUGCAGUCAGUCUGAUUGCCUGUCUGGAACUCUGGGUGUCACUGCUGUGACAACCCCAAAGACCCAGAUGUGUGGUCACAGCAAGACCAUCACUGCUGUCAAGGCACCUGCACCUGCACCAGCUUCACUUCUGUCUUUGAGUUCAGCAGUCCCUGCUGCAGCACUCGACAUGCCCAUGCUGGAUCUCCAUGCCAUGGCAAUUGCGAUUCGAGAUGGUGCACCUCAAAUCACUAUUCUCAAGGCUCAUGUGGCAGAGCAGGAUAGUAAGAUUAAUACCCUGCAAUGCCUCAAUGAAGGCCUUAGGCAUGAAAUCAUCAACUGGCACCCCUCAUUCCCAAUUCCUGACCCUCCUGCCAAUGCAACAUCCUUGUGCUUGAUCAGUCUAUCUCCAUUGGCAGGGAUGGCACCCACACCCCUGAAAUUCAAGGAUGCCUCUGCCAUUGAGGGUCUCCUGUUUGAGUACAACCAAGUUGUUCAUCCAGAGGAUCCAGAUAUGUCCAGUGAAAUUGUGGACCUGGGUGAUCUAAGCAACCUUGUCCCAGAAUACAAUUCUUCCAAUGACAUGGAUGUUGAGGUGGAUGUUGAGGUGAAGGUUGAAGCAUCUUCUGAGGAGGUUGACAUGGCUACAUAA